UGUUAAAAAGAAUUAAUUGCUCCCAUUUCUCGGCAUCCAAACAGCGGAAUAACUUUGUAGAAAUCUUCACUUCGCCGAGGUUUGUUUCGAUCGGCGAGCGCGAUGAUCAGAUUGUGAUAACUUCAGAACCCAAUUGAGGUGAUUAGGGAUUACGAGCGAUUCAAUAUACGAUGCGGUUGUUUCCUUUGAGCUCAAGCCAAGGCUCGACCUCCAGCGCAGACAAGGAGCUCGUUGAUCGGGAAAAAAAUCGCGCCCUUUUGUACCUCAAUGUCUACGAUCUCACGCCUGUGAACAACUACCUUUACUGGGUUGGAUUCGGGAUCUUCCACUCCGGCAUAGAAGUUCAUGGCAUGGAGUAUGGCUUUGGAGCCCAUGAGUAUCCCAGCAGUGGGGUUUUUGAGGUGGAACCAAGAAGUUGUCCUGGCUUCAUCUUCAGAAGGUCAGUCCUGUUGGGAAGCACUGAAAUGUCUCGCUCAGAAGUUCGGUCAUUUAUGGAGCAUCUUUCUGGAAAGUAUCGUGGAGAUACCUAUCAUUUAAUUGCCAAGAAUUGCAACCAUUUCACUGAUGAAGUUUGUAUGCAGCUAACUGGAAAACCUAUACCUGGAUGGGUAAAUCGGCUGGCCCAAGUAGUUUCAGGUUCUUUCUGCAACUGUCUUCUCCCAGAAAACAUUCAAAUUUCAGCAGUGAGACAUCUUCCUGACCAUCCAGCAUAUUCUGACGAGGAUGAUGACUACGGAUCAGAAUCUAUCGCAUCAUCUGGAACAGGAGCAAGUGAGGAGGGGCAAAAUCAUCAUCUCCUGACUGUACCAAGUGGUGAUGUAGCUUUCGUGAAGGAAAAACCUCCGACGUGAUCAAGGGAGCUAUAAUUUCUUCCACUCAGUAUUAUUUGUGUUAUCCUCAUGUCUCCGAUUGUACUUGUACGUAGUCUAUGAUUCUAAAUGUAUCACCAAACGUGUCUCAGCCAUAUUAUAUGAUAGUUCCUGGUAUAGUGAUGGUAUAGUGAUGAUGCUUGAUAUUUGUUUCCUGGGUUUAUCGUUCAGAAAUGUAUGAAUAUGAUUCCACUUAUAUCCGAACUGUAACAUGCGUUGAGUUAUUA